AUGAAAUGGCCUCCCAUCCUCUCCAUCCUCCUCGCCACCUUCCUCCUCUUACCCUUCGAUAUCGCGCAUGCCCAUGGUCAUACCCACGCUCAUGCGCGCAUGCACACGCACACACACCUUCCACCGCGAACCUCAAGACCAAACCUCCCUGACUGCGUGAACCUCGAGAAACUCAACCACACGUUGACACGCAUAUCCCCGAUCUUGGAGCGCUUGUUACAAUUAGAUGGGAAGGGUUAUACUCCUAGCCAUGGACAUAGUCAUGGACACAAUCAUACCCAGAUCCACGGCCGUAGUCACGCACACAGCGUCAAAAGCAGAAACGGAAACGGAACGCAAGCAAACACGCCUCAGACUCAAAUCAGCAACAAGAAUGUCGACGUGGGCGAGUUGGCUGAAAAGGUGCAGGCCGUGAAGGCGGCGAUGGAGCGGUCGAGAGAGAAGGUUUCUGUUGGGAUGUUCAGAUGUCGAGAAUUGAAUGGGAUCGGGAGUGGGAAUGCGAACGCGAACGCGACUAGUCUGGAAAACAUCAGGAGGAGGUGGUUGAGGAAGCGAAGUGGGGAUGGUGAUGCGGAGGAUGACGAGAGUGAGAGUGAUAGCGACAGUAGCAGCAGCAGCAGCAGUAGCAGCAGUAGCAGCGAUAGUGAUAGUGACAGUGACAGCGAUGAUGAUGAGGAUGAGAAGGAUGAAGGACAGUGCACUUUGGUGGACGUGUUGGAUAACUUGGUGACUUCUUUGGAAUGCUUGUUAGCGUUUACUGGGGGUCUUCUGGAUGGAGUGCUUGAUUUGGUGUUGAAUAUGCUGGGUGGCAUCCUUCAAUUGGUUGAAUCUUCUUUGGAGAAAUAG